AUGUCGACCAUUACUCGUGCUUUUACCAAGCGCAACAAGCGUCCGGAAGUGUCGGCCCCCAUGCCGUACCGUGGCGAAGGGCAUGUUCGAUACAAUUCUGGCACCAUCAAGCGAGGCGAUAUUUCAGGCCCGGUCCAGCUGCUGUCCACUACCAACAUGUUGGCUUACAAUGCUCCCGAUUUGCACUCGCCUAAUCCUUCGUCCGCUUCAUCGCUGCAGUCGCGCGACGACGAUUUCGCCGUGUCUCCCCAGAGUUACGCUUCGUCCGGUCUCACCACUCCCGACCAAUCGCCUUACGAGUCAUUCCCGAUCGACGCGCAUCCAUCCUAUUUCCCAAAGCGAUCCGCCACAGUGACUAGCCAUCCUCGCUCCUCUACCAAUUCUGCCUCUUCGACCGACGCCCCGAUGAUUCCCAAGCGGGCGCUCUCUCACACGAAGCGCUCUCACCAGGAGCUUGCGCGCAGGCGCUCCCAGCGGAUGUCGCCUCCUCCACUGAACCCUACUCGCAGCAACUCGACCAUUCGGGCCUCGCAGGAUAUGUUCAAGCAGGAGGCGCACCCGUUUGGCAAGGAAUUGGAGCAGGUGAAUGAGGUGGCAGAGGAAUUCGGCGCCGCGCACUUUAUGGAUGAAGAAGAGCGAAUUCUCCAUCGCAAAGGACUUAUCAAGUUCACCGUCGACGAUUACCUUCUCGAAGUCGAGGAGCUUUACGGCAGUAUCUUUGAUGACACCAUCGGCCCCAUCGGUGUCACAGCCUGGCUGUGA